AUGAGCGACCCCAUGCGCAAAGUAAUGAAACUCUUCCUGGUCUUGGCCGAAGAAGACAAGACAAUGGAAGAAGUCCGCCCACUGGCCGAUGCACUCUUUCACGAUGAAUGCCGCAUGCAAGUCGAUGGCCAAGUCAUGCUGAACAAACCCCGUGUCAUGAAGGACAUGGAUUCACUCGUUCAGAACAACGUGACAAUGGAGCUCAUCAAGGUCGAAAAGGACGAAGUGGGCCUUGCCUACGAAUACAUGGUCAAAAAGCCUCGUGAAAAGGCACACAAAAUGCUCGCCUCGGCCAUGGUGCGGGAUGGGAAACUAUACCAUGUGGAAAUCAAGGAUGCUGCCCAACCCGCGGAUGUCAACAAGGAUCACGCGCGACGCGUCUCUGCUCCCGCAAUUCGCGGCUUCUGA